AUAAAGGGGAAACCAGAUAAAACAUUUUAUCAUUCAGUAUUUUCUAUAUUUCUGAACACACUUAAAAUGACUGGUCGCGGUAAAGGAGGCAAAGGACUCGGUAAAGGAGGCGCGAAACGCCAUCGCAAAGUUUUACGUGACAACAUUCAAGGCAUCACCAAGCCGGCCAUUCGUCGUCUUGCCCGCCGAGGUGGUGUCAAACGUAUUUCUGGUCUUAUCUACGAAGAGACCCGUGGUGUAUUGAAGGUAUUUCUUGAGAACGUUAUUCGUGACGCUGUUACGUACACCGAACACGCCAAGAGGAAGACCGUGACGGCCAUGGAUGUCGUAUACGCCUUGAAACGCCAGGGUCGCACUCUGUAUGGUUUCGGCGGUUAGGUUUCACAGACUUCCACUGCUUCUGAACUCAUCGGCCCUUUUCAGGGCCACCACUUAUUAAAGAAAAAAGGAUGUCCCUGCUUUUCGAAUGUUUACAGAAAAGUUAAAAUAAAAGAUAUGUGCAAGAGAAAUUAUCUUUCUCUUUCGCCGAAAAUGGUCGAAGCCACAUUGCUUGUGUACUGUAGCAAUCGAAUACAAUUUUCCAUUUCAA